GUUAUGAUAGACGCCCCAUCGACUUCCAGAGAGUACCAAGUUUGAAGCAAGUACUAUUUAGUCACCCAAGUUCCGACUCUCUUCAUGCUCGGAGAUGGACGUCGACAUCGACACGGAUCAUGAUGUACCAGAUUUCGUUCGUCGACCCAUCAUUCCCAUCGAUCCGACGAUCUACCACGAAGCUAUUCAUCCUCGUGCUAUUUUUGAACUUCGUGAAACUCCCUCCGGCGAAUAUGUAUCCGUUGUUCCCUAUUCCUGCACCCAUUGUCGCUUGUUAAAGCAAUCUUGUUCGCGUCUCUUGCCCUGCGAUCGGUGCACCAAGACUGAGCGGCCUUGUAAUGCCAGUCAACCAGGCUAUCAGAAGCUUCCCCCGCCCAAAAUUACCAAACUUAAAAAACGUGCACCAACCUCUGUAUCCCCACCAAUAUCCGGAAUGUCCCAGACCCCUCUGGCGCCACCCUCCAAGAUGAUAGUAGCUUCAAGAUCUAGCCAACCCAUAACAACUUCCUCAAACUCUCGGUCACCCAAGAAACCGAAAUUGACCCAUCCGAACUCUUCAAGUACUCCCAAGAAAACUUCUAAAUGCAAGGGGAAUAAGAAUAAGGUCGAUGGUAACCCCCUUCAGAGCAUACCACUCAAACAACCAGUCAACCCGGAAACUAGGAGCGAUACCGCAGUCUCCACAGCGCCGGUUUGGACUUUUGUUAGGCCUCCAAAGACCAAGUGUGCGAUUGACAGCUGUGCUGUUCCCACAGUCGAUACCCUUCUUUGCACACCCUGCACACCUCGCGUCUGGGCAAAUUCUCGCGCAGAAUUUGCUUCGAUAUUUCCUGAACUCACGAAAUCUCUUACGGGUAUCUUAUGGCGACAGUUUCAAAUGCCCGCAUUGUUCCUAGAGUAUCCGAACCCUGAGCAUUCUUGGAGAGACAAAAAUACUUUGGAAGUCGUUUUGGAGUGGAGUUAUCGAUACGGACCCGAAGUACUUGUACGUGGCGAUUCGCAUAACAUAACACACGACGAGAGGCCCUCUGAUAACGGUGAUCUGGCAGCACGGGUGGAAGAAUGCGGGUCUGUCAAGGAUUCCGCGCCCUCCUUCAUCCCCAUCAAAAGCGACCAUCUGCAGUUCAAUUUCUCAUCGUUCACUGCACCUCUGGCUGUGGGAUCCGAAGUGUUGGAAUCCGAUGCCAUGGCUGUGUCACAGUUAUCCACGCCAGCUCCAGUACCGGUACUAAAUUCACCAUCGCCGACGGUCUUGUCUCCAUCUAUAGUUCCAGAACCGGAUACGCCGGCAGUGUCUUCCUCAGCAACUCCUCAAAUCCAACCCCAGAUACCUGAACAAAGGCCAUCUGAGAUCGAGACAUUGGAUCAGUGUCGCAUGGACAAAACCCCCUUACUUGUUUUCAUAUCUCGAGAAAGCGGGCUCUUACCACUGCAGCUCCCUCCCGAAUACGCAUGCUGUUGCUUGGGAUUAUUUGUCAUAUCUGACCUGAACGCAGAUAUAGACAACACAGUCAUAACUAUUUCUAAAACUCAGAAGUGCGAACGCGUACGAUGGCGCCUUACCUUGGAAUGGAAGUCGCACCCAUGGUGGAUUGAUCCUGUUGAAAAGGAUGCUGACUCAGUGAAGACACCCAGAGACCUAAGUGCCCUCUAUUUCAGCUUUCUGCCUUUGGACCUCCUGGCAGGCUUCAAACCUAGCGAGUAUUUUCCAAGAGGCUGGUACUGCAGAGACUGUGGGAUGCUUAAUGCGCAGAGGUGUUUUCGACACCAGAUCUGCCAGAGUUCCAGAUGCAAAGGAAAAGUAACGACCAAUGAUAGUGCCUUGAUUUGCCACACUGAUCCGCUACAAGCACUUCGAGGACCGCAUCACCGUUUGCCCAUACGGGAUCCUCUCGAUUAUGCACCUUCGUCAGUUGGCAAAAUGGAUUCCACGUGGGACGACAUGAUGCGGAAUUUGACGUAUCAAGUCAACAGUGGUGUGAGAGUACAACAUGUCUUCACCGGUAACCAAGAGAUAUUGCAACAGGAUGCGACAAAACUACUCCUCGACGUACAGAAAGAUGUUAUCCUUUCCCGCAGUGACCUACACAGUCCUUAUUUUACCUGGUCCACGAAACUUAAUCACGAACAUAUCUGUUCUGGGGAUCCAGCAGGACAGCCUGAAAUACCUAGAUUUGUCUCCGACAUCCAGGAUAUCCUGCUUCAUUAUAUGCAGGCGUAUGGUGAAAUCAACAAUGCCAACAUCAACCAUAUCAUGAUUCAGGCAUGGGCUACUCCGGGCUCGAGACGGGGCGCCGUUUUCAACGCAAAGAGCCACGUUGUCACCAUCAUCUGUCUGGGUGCCGAAGUCGUCAUGAAUUUAGUACCCAAACGUGGUUUCACGGAGAUCCCCAUUGAAAAUGCGGAGGACCGCAUGGAGAUUGAUGGCGAGCGGAUCUUAAGUGCGUUACAGCUGGUGGAUAAUGGUUGUUCGGAACCUCUUGCGUCGGCAGCAGUAAUUGUGUCAGACGACUGCCGCCAAACUGGUGGUGACCUUAACGCCGCAGAUCAACCUGACCCAGCGAGCCUUGCUUUGGGGGAGGCAUCUGGACCGUCAUCAAAUAAUGUGGGGGAUGGCAAGCCAGCCGGAAAACGGAAGGGUACUGGUGGCAAAAAGAGUAAGCAAGCGCCCUUGGAACUUUCCGUGACCCUAGUUCAUGGUGAUGCUAUCAUUCUCGAGGGAGAUGACUUUGAGUACCAAAUCAAGCGCAGCGGAACUACGAUUCUUCUCAUUGGGUCUUAUGAGUGAUCGGCACGGAUCGGUCGGUGGUCGUCUUGGAAGUUUCAGAUCUGAGGUUAACCACAUAUUAAAUAUUGUCAUUAUGCGAUAGUUGCUUGUUCUCGGGUCGUUUAUAACAAGAGAGGGGGUCCUCGUCGUGCAUCGUAGUUAGAGCGCU